AAGUAUGCAAGUAGUACCACUGUCCAUGAUGGCGAAAACUAUAGAAGUGAGACGUUAAAGUAAGACGACUUCUCCCCGUCCGUGAAAGCUAGCGCAAAUUCAGCAAAACAAAUAGCUUUGUUGUAUAAAAUGUAAUAUAAAUAUGUUGUUGGAUAAUAGCAAUUGAACCUGGCUGCAUUGGCUUGCUUAUAUAAUUGUUGGCCUUAUAUAUUUUUUAAAUAAGUAGUUUUGGACCAUGACCAUCAUCAUAGACAUAGACAUUCAUAGACCAUUAUAGUCAUAGUCAUAGUUUUCAUUUUUUCUAACAAUAAAAGUUAGCUAAGGCUAAAAUGUGGCUGAGAUGUAGUUAGUGGCAAGGCAUAUAUCACAAUAAUAAAGGAUAGGUCAGUCUGUCACUGCAGAUGAAGAUGAUAGAUGUUUUGUUCCCCAGGCCCAGGUCAACUUAGGAAGAGGAUUACUGGCACUGGCCAUGCCAUAGCCAUGCCAUAGUAAUAGUUCCAUGGCCAUGACCAUAUUCAAAGUCAAAAGAUUUAGAUUUUUUAAACUCUGUAUUUAUUUGAUACAUUAAACAUUUUUAAAAAUAAUUUUACAGUGUCUUAUUCCGAAAGUUUCUGUCUCAUGUCCUCGGUCAUUAGGAAUGAUUCUAGUUCCCCCUUCAGUCCUCAGUCAUUAGUAUUAGGCAUUAGAAUGAUUCUAGUUCCCGGGUCAAACUAACCUGUAAUUCAGUAAUCUACUCAUCUUUUGGAACAUUGUUUUGAGUGGCAGUGUGUUCAAAAUUAACUAUGUAUUCACCCAGUUUGUGAAUGUUGUCAUAUCUUGGUAGACUUUUGAGUAGGCUAAAUGAUAAAAAAAAUUUCUUGUCUCGCUAUUGAAUAUUCCUUCACCUGUCCAACUUCUGUACUUUUGUUCAUUUCAGCAAGUUUAAUUUCUUUCUCUAGUUUAUCUAUUUUGUACUGUCUCUGUUUAUCUAGUUCUAAUUUUUCUUUCUAUCUCUAUUUUAGCUAUACAUUCUUCCACUUUUUCUUUCCAUUCUUGUUCUUUAAACGUCACUCUUAUAUAUUCCCCUCUCCUUUUUAUUCCCCUGUUUUCCGGAUUCAUGUAAAUUUUUCCUCUAUGCUAAUUUUUUUGGUUUUGCUUCUAGUUUCCAUUUUAAUUUUAACCUUAUUUUAAGUGGUAGAAUUUGUUAGGACCAGCCUCGAUCUCUAUAAACAAACUCUUUCCACAACUGCUAACAAAUAUGCACAUACUAUUAAAGACAGUCUAGACAAUAAUAUGUCAUAAUUAACAUAAUUAUACUCACCAAAUUGAAUGGCAGGAAAAGUGUUCAUUAACUAUUAACUCUAUAAAAACACACAGCACACAAUAAAACACAAUAUCUGGUGAGCAACAAUUAUUAGUGAAAAGCUGCUGAAAACUUGUCAUCUCCCCAGGCCCUCCCUAUUGCGGGUUUUAUCAUACCGCUCAGCAAAUUAUAUUUAUCAUUUCGAUAUUUAUUAGUUCAAGUUGUAAUCUGAUGACAAUGGGAUAUUCUUGGGGAAAGGGUGUAAAUGGAAAAUGUUGCAAUAUUGGGUAUAAAAUAUUCAAACACUAAAUUGCGCCCUUGUAAACCCAAUCAUGCACUAGGCCAUCUGGACUCUUGUUUUUUGGCCCUAUCGAGUCACUUCAGGAAUACAAAUAUGGGGUGCUGAAAGUAGAAUAAGCUAGACCUUAAAAUAUAAACAAAAUUCUGCUUUUAUUUGUUACAUGAUUUUAUGAAUUAUAAACAUUUUUGUUGAGGCUUUGCUUUAUUCUUUUACAGGUCUAUUUUAGUUUUUAAGGCUGUUUGAAAAGGAAAAUAUUUGUAAAGACUGAAUAUGUCCCGUCGAGGAGGAAAACGCAAACCUGUUUUGCAACUGGGAAAUUCAAGUAGUCAGCUUCGUAAGUUCAAGAUAGUGUUGAUCAAAUUUUUUUUUAUGUACUGAAAUAAAAAUUUGUUUGUUAGCUGUUAGAUAGAGGUAAGAUAGGAUAAGCAAGUGGUCGGCUACUUGCCGCUCUAGAGCCGAAUGUGGCUCUUUGAAAGAAUAGAUGCAACUCUUUUUUUUAACAAGCCGUGAUGACAUUUAAACAAUCCACCCCUGCCUUUGGCACCCAAAAUAUUUUCUUAGCAGAUAUAUUUAUAAAAAUGGCUCCUGGUAUGGGUCCUACUCUUGUUAAAUUUUUAAUUGCUGUACAGCUCCCACAUUGCCAUACUAUUGAGACUAUUGGACUUUUCUAAUAAUUUCCUGAAUGUUUUCAGUUCAGUACAGUAGUUUAGUGAUAAAUCCAAAGCUCUAAAGAUGUCCAAGCAAAUUGUGGUGCAAAAAAACUACUUCAAAUAUAAAUUUUGAUAUAGCAUCUAAUAACCAUUUUAUUUUACAGAUCGUUAUGGUUAUAGUAAAGAAUUCCACUCGAAGGAUAAAAAAGGUAUUCAUUAUUCAUUUUUAAAAUAUACAAUGCUAUAAACUGCAGUCUUAACCUAUUAAGUUAUAAUGGCAAUCACUGUAUCUAUUCUACUACGGAAAUAAUAUUGAUAAAAAUAUUGAAUUUUAAAAGGUAAUAUUUUUAAUUUCUGAUUUAUUGCUUUUGGAACAAGACUAUUUUGGUGAGUCAUACUUUUUUUAAAUUGAAUACAGUCAUCCCUCGCCACUUUGCGCUUCAACUGUUGUGGCUUCACUUGAGUUUUUUUUCAAAUAUAACAUGUAUUCAUUAAAAAAUUGAUCAAGAUAGUGAGAUUUAUACAAUGUGCACUCAGUUGUCUGAGUCAAUUAUACACCCCUGUAUUACAAUUAAAAUUGCUUUAGGUAUGGACUGAAGGCCUAGGUAUUCCAGCACACCCAUAGGGUCUAAUAAUGUUAAAAACCGUAAGGGGUCAUGAACAGGUUUUCUAUAUUUGAUUUAUAAAUAAAGAAUUUUACUUCUCAGAAGUUGAAUUAUCGUGGUAGAGUCUGGAACUGAUUUAAAGCGAUAAACGAGGGAUGGCUGUAAUUUCAGUCCUUUAAGUUUCACGCUAAUAAAUGAAAGUAAACAGCUUCUUUAUUUAAUUGGAUUGAUUCUUUACGGCAGGAAGAGUGUCUGCUUUGGCCUUAGUGGGCAGCUACUCUGAUUCCGACUCAAAUGAAAAUAGUGAAUCUGAUGAUCAGCAGCAGGUAACAGAGACAGGAGAACAAGUGGCAAAUGAGUUGACAGGUGAGUGAAAUAAUUGUUAUGGGAAUAAGGGGUGUGGCAUGUAUAUAAUAACAUUGGUUAAAUAUUCUGAAAGACUUUGUGAUACCGUAAUAUAAGCUUCAAAUUCUCUACUAUCUUAGCCUAUUAUAAAAUAGUGUACUCUUUUUCUGAUGUUAAAAAACUUGCAUCUUUUCUGACAGAGCAAAAUUUUGAAGAAGCAUCGGUAGUUGUUCCCGCAGAUGUUAAUAUGCCUUCCCAUGACACUACUGUACAACCUUCAGAUAUGGAUGAUGAGCUCAAGAACUUCCUUUCUGUAAUCUAUUUGAAAUUCCUAAAUUAAUAAAUAAAAGAUAAAUAUUUUGUUUGCUGUAACAAAAAAAAAGGGUAAUAUAAUCCUGAGUGUCUGACUCCAGAAAUAUAUUCAAAGUAAGGCAAGUCCUAGUGAGCCUUUUUAAAUCAGUUUGAACAAUAAAUAAUUUUUAAAAAAAGGUCCAUAUUUAUUUUAUUUUUUAUGAACAGGAAAUUGAAGCCAUCCCAGUUCCUAAUGAUUUGAUCAGUGGCAAUGCAAACAUAACCCCAUCUCAGCCCACUGCUGUGAAAGACUUGGACACAGUUGCGGAAAACAUUUCAGUGUCAUCGGCUAGUAGCUCAUCUGGCAAAAGCAAGAUCAAUCCCUAUUCUAUGUUUGUGAAAGGAGCAGUGGAAUUCAUUCAGAGCACAAACCAAAAUGUCACCAAUGAUGACUCGGGAGACCAUGGAAAGAAGAAGUUGGAAGAGGAAAAUUUACCUGAAGGUUGGUCAGAUCUUCUUUGAUUGAUUCAAUGGAUUUCAGUUUGGAAGUAGUUCACAAUAAAUAACAGUUCAAAUAUAAGCAUAAAUGGUCUUGUUCUUAUCCCAGAACCUACCACGAGUUGGCAGAUGGUCCAAGAUGAACACACUCAGUACUACUAUUACUGGAACAUGGAGACCAAUCGGGUGACGUGGGAAAUACCCACUGAGUAUACACAGUUUCUACUGCUUCAUCAGGAGUAUGAGGAGAAAGUCUCCAAGCUCAGUGCAGAACAAUUGCAGGCAUUAAAAGAUAAGAAAGCCAAGUAAGGCAUAUCAUUUUUAUAAUCUGAAAAAAUUGGAUAAUAUUGCAAUUCUAAAAUUGUUUCCCCAAAAAUAUCAACAAAUUGCAUUUUCCAUUGAAUAAAAAUGUGUUGUUUUUUUUGCACUGUCUCAUAAAUGAAAUAUAAUUACAUUGUUGUCAAUUUGUUAAGGUCCUAAGUAAUAACCUUUUGGUAUUUCAAAAGGAUGGCUUAGCAGUUAUCACUGAUUUGAGAUUUUCAACUUUUUGGUAUUUCAAGAGGAGGGCUUAGCUGUUAUCAUUGAUUUGAGAUUUUGCAUCAUUUUAAAAAAAUUUAGUACUUUGAGACUUAAAUGCAUAUUAAUGCCAUUUUUAUAUUUCUUCAACUUAACAGUAAAAAGUCUCUAGAAUCUGUUGUGACAGAAAAAGAAACGAUAAAAAAAUCAAGACUGGAACCUAAAAGUAAUGUAUCCCAACAUCCACCAGCUGACCUGCCAAAGCAGGCUGCAGGAGAUCUUCCAAGCACCAAUUUGGUUCCACCUGUUGCACCAGACAAGUCCACACAUCUUCAACUAGAUACUGACAGACGACGCAAACACAAGAAAGAGAAAAAAACACAUCAUAAAAAGAAACAUAAACGUAAGCACAGCGACAGUUAUUCUGAGGGUGAAUCUGACGAUCUGAAACAAUCAUUACUCGUGCCCGACAUUGGGCCCGUCAAGACUAGAGAUCGUUCGGCUUUGUCCGCACUGGCUCGAAUAGUGCCCUACUUAUCCGACCAAGAUGGCGAAGACUCAGAAGAUAAUGAAAACAGUGGCCAAGGGGCUAAAUCCUCACUAACAAAAGUAGCCAAAACUUUUUUACCUGAAGUGGAAGAGUUGUUGAGAGAUGUGGAUAAUAUUGUGCCAGAUACAAAGCCUGUACUUGCAGCAAACACGGCACAGCUCCAGCUGGGGCAGAACGAGGAAUCGAAAGUUUUGACGGCUGGGGAUGAAGUCAAGAAUAGAUUUGUAUUACCUCCUCCUCCACCUUUUCGGGAUGAGAAUAUUACCAAGGAUUCAAAUGAACCGACGUGCCAUGAGGAUGACAAAUAUAAAGCUGGUGAUCUCGUUGUUGGAAGUAUCAUUCAGGAAGUUGCAGAUGAGAGCAUAGUUAGAUCGGCAAGUAGCGGAGACAUAAUUAGUGUUUCUGUAAAUGAGAGUCCCGUGGCAGAUAAUGUAGAAGGGGUUACAGAACUUGUCGGUUUGGGACAAGAGCAAACAAAGAUGGAGGAUCUUAAAAAUUUGGAGUCUCCGGAAUUGGAGAAAACUGUGGUGAAAAAAAUUAAACCAGAAACAAGAGAAGUUAUUGAUAUGUUUGCUGAAGAUGCUCCUGUUAAAAAAUCCCAGUCAAAUGAAAGUUUGCAAACCUUGGAUUUAAAGAUGGCAUCAGAAACUGUGUCCAAAGAUGUUCGUAAUAAAGAAAGGAGCAAAGAUAAGGUAAUGGAAGCAGUAGAUAAAUGUCCAACCACUGAGAAAAUUAAGGCAAGAAUGCAGCUUAAAGAUGAUAAAUACAGUUUGAAGAAAGGAAAAACCGCUCAAGUUGUUUCAAAGCCAGUCAAUUUAAACAACAUAACUAAAGAUGAAGCUAUGGAGGAAGGAGAAAUAGCAGAGUCUGUCAAAACUGCUCAUGGCACAAAGGUCAAGGCAGAUAAGUCUUCUCAUCAGUCUCAUGGUGUCAAAGAAAAAGAGUCUCUUACCAAACGCUCUAAAGACACUCGCACCUCCAGGGAGAACAACACCCAUCCUUCCAGAGAAAAAGUUACUCAUAACCAUAGAGAUAAAGACAGUCAUAACCAUAGAGAUAAAGACAGUCAUAACCAUAGAGAUAAAGACAGUCAUUCCUCCAGGGACAGUCACACAUCUUCUCAAAUUAAAGAUAGGGAAAAGGACACUCAAGUAUCGAAAGAGAAAGACAAAAUGGAUUCUGACAGAAGGAAAGUCAUAAAUAUUGUUGGCUACAUGAGUGAUGGGGACGAUGGGGAAGAAGGAGAAGUGUUUGAUGAAAAGGAGGAAGAAGAAGUGAAAGAAAAAAAAAAACAUGAGGAAGUUAAAAGCUCAUCAAAGAAAAAGAAGAAGGACAAAAAAAAAGAUUCAAGACGACGCAGCAAAGAUAAAAAGUCUGACCAACCAAGUUAUCAAACUCUGUUUGAUGGCAAACUUGAUAAAGAAAUUAUUUCAAAGGUCUCUGAUACGCUGGAUCAAGCCAUUUCAGAUAUUGUUUCUAAAACUGUCUGUAAAAUUCCCAGUGACACAAUAUCAGAUCUUCCAUUAAAGGCGAUCGGUAAGACUUCCGGGCACGUUAUAUCUGAGCUGACCGCUAAAACAGAGUGUAUUGUGAGCAGCCCGGCUCUUGAGUCCAGUGAAACAAAGCCUGCCGUUGAUGAUGUUGGGGAAAUUGAUUUUGAUGAUCUUGAUGAUAUUGAUAGGGCAUUGGAAGUUGCCUUGGAGAAGAAACUUGAGCAAAAAAAGGUAAUAAAAAUAAAUUAUUUGAAUUUCCGGUGAACCAUAAAAAAAUGAUUUUUACUUGACUAGAUGAAUUGAAAAUUGAAAAAUUCCAACGAGUGAACAUUUUCAUUUAAAUUAAUGCCAUGGGGUUUUAGGUUUGCCUGUUACAGCUUUAAUUUAUUCCAUAGAUUCAAUAUUGAUCUUAUCCCAUAAGUAUCGACCUUAUUUACUUAUUUGUGUUCAGCUCUUAUCUAUAUAGUGUAUAAAUAUGUCAUGAGCAGGUGGAGCUAAGCAAGUAUGAGGAUGGAGAUGAUGAGAAAAUGCCCCCCCCAGAAGAACAGAACACAGCCCAUUCCCUCCCUGAAACAGCUGAAAGUGGUAAAUAAAGACUUGUUGAAUUAUCUAUUGGUAACUUAAACAGAAGAGAGGUUUAAGAUUUUUAGGAAAAUGAAACAUUGAAAAGUUACCGUUUUGAAAUACUGACAUUUAAAAAAAAAAACCAACUUAAUGGCUCAUUUGACCCACUGGUAUAAACAUUUAACUUUUCAGUUUCUUUAAGCCUUGAAAGUGAUAUGAAUAUUUCAAAUUGUGACAAAAUGGCCACAACAGAAUCGGGUCCAUUAGGAACAGUACUGCCAGAUGAUGACAAAUUCAAAGUAAGUGCACAAAAUUUACCAAAGAUUUUUCAGCCUAUGAAAUGUCUCUGUAAAAAAAUAUUUAAAAAAAACAAGGAAAAGAUGAAAAGCUUUAAAAGAUACAAAACAUUAAAAAUUAGAAAUGAAAUAUAUCUUUGGAAAAAUCUGUGAUUGCAAUAUUUUUUUUAAUCGGUGGACAAGAGUCAGACCUGUUUACUCUUAUGAUUUUACACCAAGACCUAUCAGAACUAUGAUUUUAAGAGAGCGGGUUGAAAAUAUAUACACUCGGGUAGUCUUCUUAUUUAAAAAAAUAUAUAAAAAGUACUGGUACAUUUAGCUCCUUUCUACUUCUACAUCCAGCGGUAAAUGGUGUGACGUGACGUACGUUGUCUAGGGGUCGGUCCCCUCUGUACUAGCCACAGAACAAUUUUACAAGGGUCUAGAACCCCUUUAUUUCCAGCUCCUACAGAGCUGACUCUUGUUCCAAGUAUCAACAAACAAUUCAGGGAUUCAGAUUUUCUUAUUUAUUGGCUAUGUGUGCCUAUAUACCACUACACAAAACAGUUAAAGUUACACAAGUCCUCUUCCAUCCGUAGAAAAACUCACUGCCUUUCACAAGACAGAAAUCAUACACCCUAUCCACAGCACUCGCCACUGUUCACUCCUUCAAAAAAAAAACAACUCACACACGUGGUUUUUUCAGACAUAGCACACCGGUCAUACCUUGACAGAGAAAAAUAAAAACUCGUGGGGCACACGGGGAAAAUAAACUCACCCACGAUUGGUCAAAUUACACAGAAAAGCUCACGCGAUCUGACCGUGACAAGCCCCCCUCACGAGUGACGUUUGGUGAAACCCAAUGUUGCGAGUUUACAAAAACAGCGGUCAGUUCGCGUGCAUAUUCUGGUAAACUGACAUCAAUAUUUAUAGCAUAAAACAUAGAUAUUUUAGUAAAUUUUCUCAUGAAAGGUCUAUCUUAAAACACUGCGCUAUCAAUCAUACUUUGAAAGUCACUACUAUUGUUAUGGCAAUGCAUUGUAGAAUUAAGACAUCUCUAUUGAAACAUACAUGGUAAUAGAUUAAAUAAUUACUAUUCUUUAUCAUCUCAAUAUUUUCCUACAAUGAAAUUGAGCAUUUAUUUUAAUACAUUGUCACAAAUAGUUAAAUGUUUACAGCACAUGUUUAUCAUCUCAAUAUUUUCCUACAAUCAAAUUGAGCAUUUAUUUUAAUACAUUGUAACAAAUAUUUAAAUGUUUACAGCACAUGAUUUUGAAAAAUCUUAAUUCAAAAAUGAAAAAGUGAAGAAAAACAAAUGUCAACAUCUGAGCAUGUGUGGACAGCCAUGAAUUGUCCCUUCAAUGUUUACAUACAAGACGGUGGAAUGUUUCGCUUAUCCCCUUGUCUUAAAAAAUCAUGGAGGUUAUUUGAUCCGCCCAACUCACCCCUCUCUCUUCUCGGGUUUGACCUGCACGGUCUAAUAGGCAUGAAUUCACCCAACAAGUCUUUUAUACCCCAAGACCGUUUGGCUUCCCCCCAAGCUGUCCCUUCUCCUUUGUAACAAAUACCAUCAUUGUUGAAAAGCAAAACACGUGUUACAUUGUUAGACGUGUCAAAUUUAUUCAACUCAAUUUUCCCAUCGUCUCGGGGUAGAAACACUUCACAGUCUCUGUGAACUGUGACAUGUUCAAAAAUAACUGAGUUAAACUCACUAGCAGCCAAAAACUGCGAUUUACCCUCCUCCUCAAAACAUAACAACACACAUGAGCUUGUCUCAGGAGUGUCGGUGAACUCUGUCGAAGGUUCACCCUGACAACAUCUAGUGGCCGCUGUCCUGGUCAAGGUUACGGUCUCUACUUCGUGGUUACCCCAGCUUGUCCCCCAUAUGAUCAUGACCCCUUGAUUGCAUGGAAGCGGAAGGUGGUUCAUGCUUGUGAUCAUGACCCCUUGCUUGCGUGGAAGCGGAAGGUGGUUCAUGCUUGUGAUCAUGACCCCUUGCUUGCAUGGAAGUGGAAGGUGGUUCAUGCUUGUGAUCAUGACCCCUUGCUUGCGUGGAAGCGGAAGGUGGUUUAUGCCUUCAACAGCCGUGGGUGUGUUAUCAAAAGCCAUGAGUGUGCCAUCAAAAGCCUCUGGCACCCUACAAACCUCAGUCACUCUCUCAACAUCAAUAAGUAAAGUAUCCGUAACACCUUGUUCAUAAACAAUAUUCUUAUCACAAACAACUUCUCUAGGUUCAUAAUCAAUAUCACCAUCAAACAAACUACAAACCUCAGUCACUCUAUCAACAUCAAUAUGUGGAACAUCAAUACUAGGCUCAAAAUAAAAAAUAUCAUUAAAAUCAUCUACUUUGGGUUCAUAAGUCAUAUCACAAUCAAAACCAUUACUAGAAGAAUCAACAACACUAAGUUCAUUAUCAAUAUUUUUAUCAAAAUUUCCAUCUGAACCAUCUACACUGGGUUCAUAAUUAAUAUCCCAAUCAAAACAAUCAUCCCAAGCAUCAACAACGCUGUGCUCAUAAUCAAUAUUAUUAUCAAAGUCCCCAAAUGAAACAUCAAUACCACUAGGUUCACUACUGGUGCAAGGGCGAUAGCCAUCCUGCACAUCACCUUCGUCCUGUUUAUCCACAUUAUCCAACUUAUUUUCUCUUGUUUCGUUGUCUUCAAAAUAUUCAUCAACUUUACCAAACUGAAAAAAUUCCGAUUCAUCAUUUUUCCUAGUAUAUAUACUGCCCCUUUCUACAUUUGGAUUUUUAGUUUCUGACAGACUUACCCAAGAUUUGUUCUCUCGACACCAUCUAAGCUCAUUCCCACUAACUUCUACCUUAGUAUAUUUCCUCGCUCUAUAUUUCCCAUAACUAUUUCUAAAGGCCCCCUCCCGCUUGAUUUCUUUAAAAGCCUUCUCAUCAACUUUACUUUGAGUAAUGCUUGGACCCUCGUCCAAACAAUUCGACGUUAUGUCAGGAUCUUUAGUCACGUGACUAUGUUCUUCAUUAGUAAUUUUAUAUUUCUUAAAGGUGUUUAGGUCAAAUGGUUUGUUAGAACUUAAUUGUUCAUAAAUUUUUCUCACCACAGAUUCUGGUGGACUAUAACCAUAUAUCCAUCUGACACAUUCUUCUCUGAUUUCCCGCAUAGAUUUCUCUUUCUGGCGUAUGUCUACUCCCACCUUCAAACUGUCUUGUCCCUGUUGAUCCACAAUCGGUUUUACACUAAAGGCCAUGUCUCCCUGUAUAUUACCCUCAUUUUCCUUAUCACCCAGAGAAAAUUGUCCCCUUUCAGUACCAGUUAGUGUACUAGAACUAUAUCCAGACAUUUUUCUCUCAUGUUCUUUGAUUCUUUCUUUUUCUUCUCGCUCAUAUGCGCGAAUUUCUUCUUCUACUUCGCGAACCUCUUGUUCCCUCUUAGCUAUCCAUUCUUUCGCUUCCUCCCCUUCUAAUCCCAAAUCUAUUGCCAUUUGUUUAAUUUCGGCCAUAGUAGGUAACGACAUUUUUAUAUUUAAGUCUUAUUUCAAUAUAUAUGUUUACAAAAAAAAUUACAAAUAGGAAAUGGAUCAAAUGAAAUGAGUAAUAAAACAAUAGAAAUUGCAAAUCUAAUUACUAAAUAAUGUACUUAAAAUAAUUACUUGUGAUGGUUCUCUUGAUGGGUGGCACUGGGAUUUCGGACGUAUUGAGAAGUAUAAUCCAUGUGUUCAUUUGUAUUCUCGUAAGUAGAUAGGGUUGGAAUGUCUGGUGUCUCCAAAAAUCCAAUGUCAAUAAAAGUUAGGGUUGGUAUAGCUGUAUGGUUGGUUUGCACGGCUUUCCUCUGGAUUUGUAUGGCCGUGAUGAUUGUUUUGACUAGCUGGUGUGGCUGGUUGGUCAGGCCCUCUCUGUGAUGAAUGGUAGGCUGGUAGGGUUCUUUGGACGAUAUGAUGUUGCUUUAACGGCCUCCACUGUGCAGUAUGGUCUGCUAUGGUUUGUUUGGACUUAGCUGACAGUUGAACCACAUAUCAAAUGAUGAGCUGGCAUGGUUGGAUCGUGCUCUCACGGUGGCAAAUUGCAGGCUUAGAUGGCUGCUCCACUGUGGUGGAUGAUUAGGGCUGCAUCGAACGGCCUCCCCUGUUGCUGAUUGUAGGCUUGGAUGGUUGCCUUGAUGUGCCGCAACGACGGCGAAUGAUAGGUUUAGAUGGUUACUCCACUGUGAUGGAUGAUUAUGGUUGAAAUAGCUGGUUCGACAGCCUUCCCCGUGGCUGGUGGUGGGCUGGGAUUGUUGCUUUGAUGUUCCUCAACGAUGGCGAAUGGUAGAUUUGUAUGGUUAAUCCACUGUGGAUGGUUGGUAGACUUGGAUGGUUGUUCCACUGAGGUGGAUGGUAGACUUGGAUGGUUGCUUUGAUGUGCCGCGACGAUGGCGAAUGGUAGACUUGUAUGGUUAAUCCUCUGUGGAUUAUUGGUAGACUUGGAAGGUUGCUCCACUGUGGUGGAUGGUUGCUCCACUGUGGUGGAUGGUAGACUUGGAUGAUAUGGCAUCCCGGACGGGCCCCCACUGUGACGUGACGUACGUUGUCUAGGGGUCGGUCCCCUCUGUACUAGCCACAGAACAAUUUUACAAGGGUCUAGAACCCCUUUAUUUCCAGCUCCUACAGAGCUGACUCUUGUUCCAAGUAUCAACAAACAAUUCAGGGAUUCAGAUUUUCUUAUUUAUUGGCUAUGUGUGCCUAUAUACCACUACACAAAACAGUUAAAGUUACACAAGUCCUCUUCCAUCCGUAGAAAAACUCACUGCCUUUCACAAGACAGAAAUCAUACACCCUAUCCACAGCACUCGCCACUGUUCACUCCUUCAAAACUCACUCACACACGUGGUUUUCCCCGACACAGCACACCGGUCAUACCUUGACCGAGAAAAAUAAAAACUCGUGGGGCACACGGGGAAAAUAAACUCACCCACGAUUGGUCAAAUUAACAUUAUAAAAGUGGACACAGAAAAGCUCACGCGAUCUGACCGUGACAAAUGGAUCAAGAAAUACUAUUGGUUGGGGACCAUCUAUAAUUAUUAUAAGUUUGCCCUGACAGAGGAAAGGGAUGGUGUGGAUUUAGGGGCUUUUGUGUACAGGAAAAGGGGUGUGGGUGUCUAAAUAUUUAAGUCUAUAAAAAUAACACUGCUACAUUUCAUAAUGUAAAUGAGCAUUACAAAGCAUGGAUAAACCUGAAAAAAGGGCCUACAAAACAAUGCACAUGUCGGCAAGAAGCCUUCUUUGGUAAACAAACAACAGAAAAAACUAUAAAAUUAUUUUUUUUAAAACAGACUCGGCUGCAAUGUUGUAUCCGGGUGUACAACAAUGGGAAUGUACUCCAAGACCCAUUCCUAUUGGUCAUGACUUUGAUUGCAACUUUUAGUUCUACCAUGGGAUUAUAUUAGCGGAAAGAUUAUUAAGAACAGAAUUGCAUGAUUUUACAGUUAUCUUAACCUUGUUAAUUUCCCAAAUUUUACAUCUACAAAUAAUCCAUUGCUUUGUUAUUUAAUGUAAGUUUUUGUAUUUUAAAAAUAUAUUUGGCUUGGAAAUCAUUGCCUAUUGCAUGUAAACCAAACAAUCUAGUUUAAAUCCUUGCUAUUCUGAGAUCAAUGAACUCAUCUCUCUGGUACUGGGUACCCUGUAAGACAAAGUGUUUAAAAUACAUGACCAGAUGUGGGACAUCUAAUGGUAAUUUUCAUUAAUAACAUUCAUCUGCUGUAGAAAUCCUUGUUACAGAAAGUUUUAAAUUGCCUUUGUCUUUUGUGAUAUUCCAUUUAGACUUUAAAAAAUAAUAAUAUAUUUUAAAAUUUAUAGUUUAAGAACUUUAAAAAAUGGGGAUCAAUUAAAAUAGCUGGGAGAUUUCCAUGUUUAGAAUAUUUAAUAUGAACGAAUGUUUUGUUUCUUGUUCAAUUAUUUUAGGAAGAAGUGAAAAAUGUUGCUGAGCUUGCCUUGAACAAAUUAGAAUUUCUGGACAUCUCCACAGAAAACUUAUCUCGCUUGCAAGUGUUAUUUAUAGAGUUACAGGUAAGUUAAAAUUGUUAACUUCGUUUCAUUAAAUUUUUAAUAAUUAAAAUAAAAAAAAAAACUCUUACUGUAUAUACUUGUUUAUAGGUCGAUCUCAUCUAAAAGCCAAGGGCAGUUUUUGACCAAAACUUACGAAAUAUGCUAUGACUCAUGUAGAAGUCAAGGUUAAAACUUUGGGCUAUGAAAUCCUGUGAUUUUAAUAAUUUUGUCAGCUUUUACCCAGCAGCAAUCGCUACACUGUAUACUAACCUAUGACUGGUGUAUGAUUAACUCAUCACUCUACAUGCUUGUAUCUAAAUCUCCAUAAAUUAACACUAUUCAGGCUACCGGGUACAUAUUAAUAAUAUGUCUGAAAAAAGUUACUGGUAAGUACUAUAGCUUUACCAGUAACUCGACAUUGCCCCUUAUUCAACGUACUGUUAAAAAUUUUAUAGAAACUAUUGUUUAAAAAUGAAGUUUACGACUGAAAUUUCUCGACUUAUAAACAAGUAUAUACAGUAAUGAUUUAUUAUUUUUCUUGAAAUUAUACAAGCACUACCUGAUUGUUAUGAAUUGUACAUCUGGUGAAAGUUUAUAAUUGACCAUAAUGUUUUAGAAUAAAUGGCAUUAAAAGAUCAUGGUUAACAAAUGUUUAAAUUUUUCACUUUAAAAUGUCAUAAUGUCAUUUUUUAAAAAUGAUUUCCUUGUGCAGACGAGGCACACAGAUUGGAUUGCUGGUGGACUAUCCAUAGAGUACUUUUACCAACAGUUGAAGGUUGCUGAAGGCCUUUUAGAGCAAUAUGAACUGAGUGCUGUACCUGAGGGAUGGGCCUGCCAAUGGGACAGGUAUGGCGCCCUAGUCAUUCCUUCAAUUUUACUACACAAAUUAGCAUGUAUGGACCUAGCUCCCAAAACACAGACAUUUUUUUAACACAUUACUUUUUUUUUUUCCCAAGAAAUAUUCUUGUGUUUUUUAAAUUUUGCUUAAAAUCCAAUGAGGCCACUUAAAACCAUUCAUUUAAGUAUUCCGUUGCGAUGAUUUCAAAUGGAAAAACUAUUAAAAAGUGAUGGAAAAAAAUUCUUCAUGCUUAAUUACAACGAUCAAAUUAUAGAGAGAAACAAUCAAAUCAUGAAAGAGAUGUCAUACAAUUAAAUCAGUGCAAACAUUUUCACAUACUUGUGAUUACAAACUUUGAAAAAAAAACGUUCCAUUCAAAUAGGCCCAUACAUCUUUUCAUUAACAGUAGCAGGUCCAUCAUGCAGUGCUUUAAUCUAAUAAAAGUGUAGUACUGGGUUCACUGUGCCUUUGCCUUAAACAAUAAGUGACAAACAUUUACUUGAUAAUGUCAUGCCAUACUUGACUGAAUAAAACAAAGGCAACAAUUCUUGGUGAAGCUGGAGUCUGCCAGGGGUCAAAGAUUCUGGAGCCACAAGCCUUUUCAGCCAUCUUUUGAUUGAAGGUGAAAGUAAAUCUACCCAAAGUAAGUGCUUGCUUAUCAUUUAUUGUUCAAGUUAAUUUUAUAAAUCACUGUUUUGUAAUUUUUUCUCCCAUUAAAAUUUGUGUAUAUUUAAAGCAAACUUGACUUUACCGUGAAGCUGAUUUGAUUUUUCUUAAAAAGUAAAAUUGGUUUAGGUUGGAGAUAGAAUUUGUUUAGUUAGGAAGUAAACUUGGUUUUGUUAAGAAGUAGACUUGUUUUUUGUGUGGAUUAUUUAAAAUGAAAUCUUUGUUUUGAAGGCUUCCAGAAAUUUGAAUUUUUAAAUUUAAAUUUCAAUCAGGUGCAGUAUUGAGUUGCACAAUCAACUAAGAUAAUGUAAAUGAAUUGACAUCAUAGUUGUCAUAGAUACUGUUUUGUGGAGAGCCCCCAAAUAAUCUUAAUAACUUCUAUAUUAACUUUCUAAAAUUAAUCAACUGUAGCUGGAUUUGUAAGGCAACUGCAAAUAAUUUUUUAUACUUAAAAGAAGCUAAAUGAAGAAAUUUCAAUGGGUAUAGUUGAAAUAUGGCUUAGAAAUUAUGUUCUAAAGAGUCAUAGGGAUUAAGCCCUAUGAUUUAUAAGGUGAGGGAAUACUGAAUAACAAACAAUAAUAAACGAAAGGUUUUACUGGUACAGUUUUUAUAGAUGGAAAGACCGAGAUAGAUUUGAUACCAAUUUAAAAUAUUACUUCUGGUCCAGAAUCUACAAAAAUAAAAUACUCAAGUUUUAAUUUAAAAAAUUAACCUAGCAGAAAUCUAUCUUCCUAGCUAUAAUCACCACCAAUUUGCUGCUUAGUUACCAUAUUUCUAAAUUAUUUUUUUUAAGUCUUACUGUGAUGUAAUUUUGAUAAAUUAGUACAGGGUAAUUCAUAAAGUUUUCUUAAAACAUUUAAGUGGUGUUAUUAAUAAGUAGAGCACAUGAGAAAAACAUGCUAACCUUCUUUAAAAAAGUGUAUAAGAAAGGUUGAUGUCAUUUGGUAGUUAAUUUAACUCUUCUAAAUUGUUUUAGUGUUGCCCAAGUCCUUACACAAAAAUAACUAUUGAUUACAGUUUUACAAUAAUACAUACAGAGUCCAUUUUACAACUGAAAAAAUGAUGUGUUAUUUGCUUGUCUAGUCUGUAAACAACUUGGCUGAUUACUUUGAGUUAUAAAAGAAACAAUGUCUGCUGAUUUUGGCUGACAAACAAUUGAAAAACAACCAAAUUUAAAGAAAAAGCAUUGAAAAAAAGAAAAUGAAAUAUUACAUUUUAUUACUUGAAAAGGGACUUUUUAAAGGGACUAUUAAAUAAGGCAGCGAAUAUGCCCACCCGGGUAUAAUAAGUGAGAGGUUGGGAUUAAAAAACUAUUUAAAAUAUUAUUGUUAGGUUUGUAAGACAAAAUGAGGUAUCAAAUGAAAGAUAAUUGAAUGGACUGUAUGUCUUUAACUUACUUCUUCAGUUUAACUAAAAUAAACUACCACAAAUGACAUCCGAAUGGGAUUUAGUCUAAAAGGACUCGGGUCCGAAUAGUGGCUAUGCGUACCCGUGUCCCUUUAGCAUGGGUUAGCAUAGUUUUAUGAUGAAACUUCAUUUAUUUCCACAAUUCAAUUUUAACAAUUUUCAAGGAAUUAAACAUUAUUGUAAAAAACAGAGAUCUUUCUUUGGCAAAAGAAAGUUUAAAUAGCUUAGGAUAUUUUUCUGUGAUUGGUGCUAAGCUAAUCCAAAAUUGUUUUUUUGUUUUUAAUGAUGUUGUCAGAUCAACUGUAUUUCAGGUGAUGUCCGCAGGCUACCAGGCCACAGAUAGCUCUGACCACCUUGGGAGUGCUGUGUUUGACCUAACAUUUUCUAGCCUUUAAUUGUUAGAAUAACCUUUUCUUUCUUGAAUUCAAAAUUUGAAUGGGAAAAUUGCCCAUUGUUUUGUCUUGUAACUCUUGUUUGCUGAGUGACCAAGCUGAUGCAGCGAGAUACUCAAUUCUUUUAGUUGACAAUAUUGAGAACACACCCACUAUUUUAUCCUAUUAUUUUUUAAAAUUUUUAUUACUAUUUUUUUGGUCUGAAAACUGAAAAGAUUUGCAGAAAUUUGUAUAGUUUUUAUGAGACAAUAGUUUAUUGCCCUUUAACUAAAGGAUGAAAUGAAAAAUACAGACAUUGAUAUAAUUUUUUUUUUAAAGUAUUUUUCUGUUUUUGUUGUUUUUGUGAGUUUGUGCAAAGAACACAAGAAUUAUUUAAAAACUAUCUGGCCUACCAAUAAAGUUUAAAAAAAAAAAUAUUGGAUUCUUGGCAGCCUGUUCAAAAAUUUAUGUUUUUUUUUUUGUAAAUUCAGAGAACACAUCAGUGCAUCUUAACUCUGUUUAGUUGACAACUUCUCCAUGGCAAAAUCAAAAAUAGAGCAGGAAACAUGAGAGUAGGGAAAUCAAAGUUAAGGCAAAUGAUUUCUUUCCAACUCUGUCUACGUUUGUGAGAGGAGUGUGUCACUUUUUAUAAAUUGUUAACUCUUCCCUAGCAGCUUGGUACUAUGUUUUACCUCAGAAAUAACCCUUUAUUUUUGUUUCUCUUUCUUGCUGGCUAGGGCCAACAACCGUUACUACUACAGGAACAAAACCACUAAUCGAAUACAGUGGGAAUACCCAGAGGUGGAAGGAGGAGACAAAGCUGGGGAGAAAACGGCUGCUACAGAGACUGAAGUUGUUUCAGCCAAAGUGCGUGAAAAUGUAGUUGAAACUGAUGAACAACGUAAGCAACGGAAUAGUCGUAGCAGCCGACACAGAAAGAGAGAUGAAAAGGAAAGAAGUAAGUAAUGUUAAAACUUUAUAAUCUUUCUGAGAGCAUUGGGAUUACAUAUUUUACAUUUAUAUAAAUGAUAAUAAUAUUAAUUUUUAAAAAUUAGCAGGCAAAUGGGUUUAAUUACUGCAUGUGACUAGGACUUUUAUGCAAUAAAGUAUGUUAGCGUUCAGCCAUAGAAAAUCUAUUUGAAGGAUCAGAAACGUGCAUUGCUUUUCUAUUGCAGGCAAAUAUGACAAACGCAGCUCAUCCCAUCGUUAUCGUAGAAAGCGUAGAAGGAGACGAGACCACAGCAGUAGUAGUGAGAGCAGUGAGGAGAGCCGGCAAGAUCGACAUCAUCACAAAAGCAAGAAGAAGAAAAGACAUCGCUCUGAGAGGUCUCCAAGCGUUGAAAUUGUUGAAGACAGUGUUGAAAUUCUUAAGGUUGGUCACUUUUUGAAUGAUGAGUUGUUUAUUGGGUUUUCUGUUGUCUAUUUUUAAACAGGACUUUGGCCCUCUGUUUUUAUAUUUGAAAAUAGCAUAAAACUUCGCAUGAUUUUCCACUAUUUGUUGCCAUUGGCAUGUUGAAGUUAGGAAACUUGUAAAAAAAUAUUUAUUUUAAAGUUUUCACUUUACCCCACCACUUCACUUAGGGGGAAUUAAGAUUUAAAAUAUUUAAUCCGGCAGCUUGAAAACUCGACUCCAGCUCCACCAGCAACCAAUUUUGAAACUACUGUUGCAUCCUCACCACACAUCCAAGUGGCUUUUUCCACACCGCCGCCCCCUCCUGAGGGUUACACAGAUGAUGCUACUACCAUGCAGGAUAUGGAAGAAAGUGCUGAUGAAACAACUGUGGAAGAUUUUUCAUACAACGUAGAUGGCAUUUCUGAUGCCAUCACACAAGAUAUUUAUUCAAGGGAGGACAAUCCCUUAAGCAUGUCGAGCACAGCUGUGAUCUCUAAACCACCGCAGAUUGUCCUACCACAGGUUUCCGCUACACCAUUGGUCAGUCAAUCAAAUUUUUAUAAAAAAAAUUUUUUCUUCCAAUUGCUUAGACUGCCAGGUGAUUUUGAACUACAUUUGCUAUUUUGAUUCCAUCAAAGAGUAAAGAAGUAUGGUAUCUGAAACAACAUGGUUUAUUUUAAUCAAAUUUUGUUAUUACUUUCUACAGUCUGACCCAUUUUUAGCCUCAGCUGAAUUCCCCUUGCAACAAAUAGUGACAUCAUCGCAACCCACCCAGUAUGCAUCUCAACCAGCACCUUCUCUUACACAGUCCAUGAUUGAAUCUGCCUGUGAAUCAGUUGAAGGCAGUAAUGAAUCUGACAAGCAAACCAAAAAGAAAAAGAAAGAGAAGGUAGUAUUAUUUAUAAAAUUUUAUUUCAUUGGGUCUUGAUGCAAGUCUUUAGAGAGCAGUGGCAUUUGAGCAGUUAUCUUUUUUCUUACAUUAAUUUUUUUUCUAUUUGUAAGUGAUACACAAUUUAUUCAAUAUCCCCAAACAUUGUUUUUAUUUACAAUCAAUUUAUAUCAAGUUUUUUAUUUCACCAACAUGAUGGAGAUAUAAACAAUAAUUAAAAGUGUAGAAAUUAUCUUACAAUAAUAAUAUAAUUCAAUAACACUUUGGAGUGUAUUGAAAUUCAUAAAUUGUUUAAUUGCUUUAUGGGAAUAAUAAUUCUAAUAAUGGAAAUAAAGCCAUAUGUAAAUACGAAGUGGCUAUUCCCACCCGGAUACCAGAAGUGAGAGGUUGGGAGUAAAAAACUGUUUAAAAUAUUAUUAUUGGGUUUGUAUGACAAAAUGAGUUAUCAAAUGAAAGAUAGUUGAAUGGGCUAUAUGUUUGUACACUUACUUCUUCUGGAGAACAGCAAGCAAACUGACGUGCUGGUGAUGGACUUCUCAAAGGCAUUAGACCGUGUCAAUCAUAGUUUGCUUCUACACAAACUUCAAAGAUAUGGGAUCCAAGGCACUACUAUAACAUGGAUCUCUAGCUUCCUCAGCAACCGAUGCCAAGCAGUGGUGGUGGAUGGUACAAGUUCCUCUUUAGUCCGUGUGAAGUCAGGGGUCCCCCAGGAAUCAGUGUUAGGCCCCGCUUUGUUCCUAGCAUACAUUAAUGACCUACCCGAGAAACUGACAUCCCAACCAAGACUGUUCGCAGAUGACACAGCGGUGUAAGGAUGAUCGCCAACAGAUCUGACUAGGACCAGCUACAACAGGAUCUCAUUCGGUUAGCCGAGUGAGAGAUGAGCUGGGACAUGGAAUUUCAUCCUGCCAAGUGCCAGACACUGUCAGUCUCUAGAAGUUGUACUCCUCUACACUACCAAUACGAACUGUAUGGCCAUAUACUUGAGCCAGUUUCCUUCGUAAAGUACCUGGGUGUUACCAUUCAAAGAGAGGUCAGCUGGGACGAGCAUAUUAACUCAUUCCCGGCGGUUGUGACUAAAUGCGUCCUUUGGGGGGUUUCGACGGAUGCGUCCAAAAAAAAUCUUAUUUUUAGCUAAAAUAACAAUGAAAUCUCUCAUCCCUCGAGACUUCUGGCUAUGGCGUGAUUUUAAUUUUAAAAAACGGAAGUUUUUAUCUUGUUUCACUUUAAAACCAUGUGUGCUUUAGUGUUAUCGAUUUUUUGGCCAUUGUUCAUUAUUUUUUUGCCAGUAAUGUUACAUUUUUAUUAAACCUUAUUCAUUUUUUGAUGCACUCGCCCUUAAUUCAUUAAAAUUUAUUAAUAUUUAGCAGCUUUAAAAAAUAUUUUUAAAAUGUAAAUCAAUUUCAAAAUUGAGUUGCUUCCCUUCUCUCAGGAAAAUAAAUUAAGUAAGGAAGAGCACUGCAGGAGGGAAUGAGUUAACAAUGUGUGCAACCAGGCAAAAGAGACCCUGGGGUUCUUGAGGCGUACUCUAAAGAUUGGCAACUCUUGUGUGAAAGAAAGAGCCUAUAAAGCCUUUGUCUGUCCGCUUUUAGAUAAUGCAUCUUCAGUCUGGUACCCAUUUACCCAGAAGAGCAUCGACAGGUUGGAGACAGUUCAGCGACGGGCAACAUGCUUUGUCCUGAACCGCUACAGGAAUACCUCUAGUGUUGGCAGCAUGCUGGAAACACUAGGCUGGUCAUCAUUGAAGGAACGAUGACGACUAUCCAGGCUCUCCAUAAUGUACAAGAUAAAGAAUGGCCUGGUCCACUGCUCUAACAUUAAACAGAAACUCGUCCCUCUCCCCCACAGACAGCGACAAGGCCAUGACAGGCAAUUCCGGCUCAUACCAGCAAGAAGCCAGUAUAGUAUACUGCUAAUUCCUGCCAAAGACAAUCAGGGACUGGAACAAGAUUUCAAAAGGAACAGUUGAGACAACACUUGACACAUUUGCAUCUACUGCCUCAGGUCUUCCAACACCCCAGUGCAAGAUACCCUCACAAAGUAGCCCUUGCAACCAGUGAAAUAUCCUCAUCAACACCAUGCACAGAAACAUUACAAAUCCCCUCCACAUGCAUAGGAGCUAAAAUGAUCAAUUAAUUAAUUAAUAUAUAGAAGAAGAAGAAGAACUAAAAUAAACUACCACAAAGGACAUGAUUUUACAAUAAAUACUUUAUAAUUCUUUUAUAUAAAGUUAUAUCUUUUUAUUCUUCUAUCAUAUCUUUUUAAAAUCAACUCAGUUAGGAGUUAAACCCUUAACAUUAUUGUGCAGUAGAAGUGAGACAUUUUUGUGCUCCCCACCUAACACAGAAACUCUUUUUAACUUUUUGCCUUUUCCAGAAAACCUUGGCAACUGGCUCAAGUAUAAUGAUGAAGAAAAAACAUAUGACAUCGAUGGUACAAAAGUGGCAGAAGGUCAAGAAAGAAGUUGAAAAAGAGGAUAGGGCCAAAGAGUUGCGUCAAGCUGCCAUAAGAAAGAAGAUUGAGGAGUUAAAAUAAACUAGCAAAUAAUGGGAGUGGGGGGGGGGGUUUGGGGUGUGUUAUUAAUGUAUGCACUCAUAGUAAGGUAUGCAAGUUUGAUUUAUUGAAAUGUGUGGAUGAUGAAUAAUGUAUUUUAUAUUAUUGUGAAAAAUAAAAUAAUAAGCCUGUAAAUCUUAUCUUUAAUUUUUUUUUGGGGGGGGGGGUUUGGGGUGUGUUAUUAAUGUAUGCACUCAUAGUAAGGUAUGCAAGUUUGAUUUAUUGAAAUGUGUGGAUGAUGAAUAAUGUAUUUUAUAUUAUUGUGAAAAAUAAAAUACUAAGCCUGUAAAUCUUAUCUUUAAUUUUUUUUACCUUCAAAAUUUGUGAACUCUUGUUUGGAUGAAGCUUUUCAGAUAUCGGUAGCAAUAUCAGAAUGUAAUAAAUUAUUAACUCAAACAAAUGUGAAAGAGGUAUAGGAUUGUUUUUUUUUUUAAUGUUAUGAGUUUAAUGUGACUAACAGUAUCCACUCAUUUAGAG